CAAACUAAUUCUACUUCUUAUUAGUGAGUUCCAAAGAGUUAACAACUUCAAUUUUAGGGCAUUCCUAAUUAGUUUCCUGUGCUUUCGAAAUGGAUUCAACGAGGGAAUAUGAAAGUGCUGCUGCUCAUCAACAUUCCAAACGGAGACGUGAAGAAGAUACUCAUCAACAGCAGCCAGACAAAUUUAUCGUUACUGGCGGAAAAUAUUUGAGGUUCGCACUGGACAUAGAGAAAGAGGUUGUGCCCUAUGUGGCUAAAUUUGUCCAAAAUUUGCUGCGCGAGGAGAUGGAAGCUCUUCUAACAUCAAGACAAACUAUGAAUGAGACUGGCGCACAUGUGGUCAAAUCGUUUGAGCUGGUUUUCAAGAAUGAUUUACCUGCCACAGUUUUUACACACUCCAACAUCAAAGCUAAAGAUGGAAGCCCUAUUCAGAUUGCUUUAUACGAUACUAGGUCUCAGCUAAUAGUCACUGAUGAUCCGCUACUAUCUUCCAUUAAGGUCAAGAUUUGUGUCCUUAAUGGUGAGUUCGGUGGUGAUGAGAAUGAGAAUUGGAGCACAACGGAAUUCAAGGCUAAUAUCUCCCGAGAAAGAGAGAAUAGAAGCAAGUUACUGAAAGGAGAUACGGUUAUUACACUGAACAAUGGAGUUGGUUAUAUCGGUAAAAUUAUGUUUACUGAUAACUCCAAGUGUACAUGGAGCCGCCAUUUCAGGUUAGGAGCCAUUGUGUCCUCAACUUCCCAUCAAGCUACCAUCAAAGAAGCCAUAAGUAAUCCUUUUAUCGUCAAGGAUAGUAGAGGAGAGUUGAAUCAGAAACAGUACCCUCCAUGUCUAAAUGAUGAAGUAUAUCGUUUGGAAAAUAUAUCAAAAGGUGGGAAAAUCCAUGAGCGGCUGCUUGAGAUUGGAAUAAAAACGGUUAAGGAUCUGCUGCAGCUAUACGAAACCAAUCCAACUUUAGUGUAAGAGGUAUAUUUCCUAAUCAAGGAGAGUAACAAAGAUCAGAAUUUUUAUUCUUCUUUCCUAUUCGUGAAUGGAAAUUACUUUUUACUACUUGGUAAAAGUGUACUUUAAUUUGAUGUGUCAAAUUUCAUCUGAAUCUAGCUACUUGUGACUGUGACCUUAAUUAGAAAUUUGGUAAAUUUUCAACAAAGCUAAAGGGGACAAUUGAUCAUGCUAACACCUAUACUACUGAGGAAGUGAUGAUAUCCUAUGGUGCUGGUCAACUAGAAAAAAGGAGGCAAGAUUGUGGUCAACCGUCUACUUCAACAUCAGACAUUGGUGAAACAGCAUAUAAUAAUCAAUUUGGUUUGGCGGAAUUGUUAUCUUCUGGAAUAUGAUGAUGAUCUUGAUUCGUCCCUUCUUGGACCAACUGAUCAUGAUGGAGAAUGAUUUUUUCAGAGCUUAAAUUUUUAACUAAUAUUUUCUUUUCUUGCAUGGGAUCCGAAUCAUAUAUAUUGGGUGUGGGGCAAAGAUG